GAUCCUCCUACCAGCAAGUCUCCUCUCUGAGGGAUUUCCUGAGUGUGUGGGGAUUUGGAGCUAGAAUGGAAUGACUUCCAGGCAGUGGAUGUGGGAAUUGUGGUCCUCCCUGGGUGCUCCUGUCUCCUUCCUUUUCUCCUAGGUGUUCUUUCAAAGGACCCUUUCUGCCUUCCUAAGGAAAAGAGAGAGGCAGACAGAUGGUGGCUGACUGUGUGAGAAAUUGUCCUCAGGACUCAGUGACCUUUGCUGAUGUGGCUGUGGGCUUCACCCAAGAGGAGUGGACUCUACUGGACUCCUUUCAGAGAAACCUGUACAGAGAUGUGAUGCUGGAGAACUGCAAGAACCUGACCACCGCGGGGUAUCAGUGGUUCAAACCCACUCUGAUCUCCUGGUUGGAACAAGAAGAGUUGAGGACAGAGGAGAGGGGAGCUGUCCAGGGCUUGGCACGUCAGCAGGACACGCUGGGGGAAAACCGUUGACUGGGACAGCAGUGGUAAAAUCAGAAAGAAGCCUCAGUGGCCUGGAACUCUAUGACUAUAAGCAACGUGGGAGAGACUUCAGGGAACACUUGUGCCUUAAGACACACAGGAGAACUCAAAAGUGG